AUGAAAUUGAAUUUGUAUCUCACCUCAUUUCUUGCUACUGCAUUGGCACUUUCGAGCGUCGGAGAGGCCAAAGAAGAAAGACUUUUUGGAAUCGAAACGAUCCCCACGUAUAAUGGCCGCACCCAAUACGUUUACAUUUAUGGCCCCAACAAGCGUUCCCGCUGUGAGGCCGUCAAGGCAUGCAAAGCUCUUUCUGGCGGCCAUCUUGCCAGCAUUCCAUCUCAACAUGUUUUGAAAUAUCUGGAAAAGUUUGUCAAAAAGAGUCCCGCAUUUAUCGGAUCAUGGGAGGGAAAUGAUUACCAAGGUGCUGCUAUUGCAAUCUACCCCGGCGGAGCCAUUGCAAUUGCCAACCCCGAACUUGGCGAUUUUAUCUGCGAGGUACCUUUGGAUGGCGCGUGUACGUGCUCAGAAAGCUCAAGCACUGAAGACUUGGAGACUUCCACUACAUGGUGGUCCACCACGGAUAGCAGCGAGCCCACUACAUGCUCGUCCACUUCAAGCGACUCUACCAGCUGCUCAACUAGCUCUAGCACCAGCUCAACUAGCUGCAGCACCAGCUCAAGCGACUCUAGCAGCACUACCUGCACGAGCUCGACAUCAUCAAGCAGCUGCCCAUUCUACUUUAGUUCUGACAUUCAAGAGUCAACUUCCACCUGCGAUCAUUCCUCAUAUAACUCGUGCGAUUUGUUCGCUCCGAUUAACUUUUCCUUUUCAGCCGACUCCUCGUCUGAACCUUUUUGUGAUAUGAACUUUGGCUAUAAGAACGCUGGAGACAAUGCAAUCGGUAAUGAUGACAUGCCAAGCCCCCCCGUAGAUAAUGAUCCUGAUAGCACCCUCUCCACCAUAUCUGAAAAUUCUAGUGAAUAUGUCCCAGAUGUGGAAGAAUACUAUAAGACGUGGCCACUUUAUGAAUGA